CUUGCGUGCCAGGCGAUGGUCGAGAGCGCCGCCGCUGCCGGGCAAUCAUCCUCGGCGAGGAAGUCUGGGGUGCCGGUGUUCGUGAUGAUGCCGCUGGACACGGUCAAGACAUGCUGCGGGAGCGGUCUGAACCACCGGAAGACCAUGGCGCGGGAUCUGGCGGCUCUCAAGAGCUCGGGCGUGGAGGGAAUCAUGGUGGACGUGUGGUGGGGCGUCGUGGAGGGCGAGGAGCCGGGGCUGUACAACUUCGAAGGGUACAUGAAGCUCGUCGAGAUGGCGCGCGAUGCCAGGCUCAAGGUCCAGGCCGUCAUGUCCUUCCACCAGUGCGGCGGCAACGUCGCAUCCCGCUGCCGCGGUGGGUGGUGGAGGAGAUGGACAAAGACCAGGACCUCGCCUACACUGACCAAUGCGGACGCCGCAGCUACGAGUACGUGUCGCUCGGCUGCGACGACAUGCCCGUCCUCGACGGACGCACGCCCAUCCGGUGCUACACCGACUUCAUGCGCGCCUUUCGCGACCAUUUCGCCGCCUUCCUCGGGGACGCCACCGAUCGCGCGCAUGCUGGGCCGCCACGGCGCCGUGCUCAACUUCACCUGCGUGGAGAUGCGCGACCAGGAGCAGCCACGGGACGCGCGGUGCCGUCCCGAGGGCCUGGUGCGGCGCGUGGCCGCGGCCGCCCGCGAGGCCGGCGUCCGCCUGGCCGGUGAGAACGCGCUGCCCCGGUACGACGAUGCGGCGCACGACCAGGUGGUGGCCACGGCUCAGGAGGAGCGGAUGGUGGCGUUCACGUACCUCCGCAUGGGCCCCGACCUGUUCCAGCCCGACAACUGGCGCCGCUUCGCCUCAUUCGUGACACGGUUGAGAUCACCCACAAGAGAACAAAACACCUACUCGGCACCAAACGCGAGUCCGACGGAAGCCGGGGCCCACACUCACUUCACUCUCGUCAGCUACCUUCCGAACUCUCUCAACGUCGCAAGUCGAUCGCAACAACUCCCGGCUCUGGCCGUCGCUGUCCACCCACACCCGCCCACCAUGUCGCUCAUCCGCUACUUGCCGUCGCCGUACCUUCCCCUCCCCUCUUCCGCGGCCCGCCGCCGUGGAUUCCUCCAGUCCGCCGCGCCUCCCGGUGCCCGUGCCGCCGCUGUCCAUGUCCUCGCCGCGAACCGCGUCGUGCUGGGGUGCGGGCUGGUGACGCUGGACUACCUGGCCACGGUGGACGCGUACCCGCGGCCCGACGACAAGAUCCGCAGCGGGGAGCUGCAGAUAUCGGGAGGCGGGAACGCCGGGAACGCAUUGACAGGCGCUGCUCGUCUGGGCCUCAACACCAGGCUCAUCUCCAAGGUGGCCAACGAUGAAAUAGGAGGAACUGUUCUUUCGGAACUUGAGGAAGCUGGGAUUGACGUGUCACAUGUUAUAAUCUCUGAUGGUGGAAACACAACAUUUGUUUAUGUCAUUAUUGAUAAGAAAACGAAAACCCGAACAUGUAUAAUCACGUCAGGCUACCCUCCAAUGGUUCCUUGUGACAUAUCAAUGUCAAAUUUGUCAGCUGCACUACAAGAUGUAAACUUGCUAUACCUAGACGGAUAUUCACAUGAAAUGGCACUAUCUGUUGGUAAGCAGGCUGAUCUGAUGAAGAUUCCAAUACUGGUUGAUGCGGAACCAGAAAGAACAAAGACAGAACUGGAGCAUCUGCUCGACCUAUCGAGUUACAUUGUCUGUUCGGGUAAAUUUCCAGAGAAAUGGACAUCAAUUUCAUGCAUUCCCUCUGCACUACUAGAGAUUCUUGUGCAAUAUCCCCGUGCGAGGUUCGUCAUUGCAACCCUUGGAGAAAACGGGUGCAUGAUGCUUGAGAGGAUCGAAGAUGAUUCUGGAAUAGAUGCGGUAGAUAUUGGGAAUGUUGCUGAGUCCUUAAGGCUUAAAGUGCAUAAAGAUGACAAUCUGCCAACUUGUGUAUCAUCCAAGUUCAUGAGACUCUCUGGAAGAGGGCAUGGGACUAUACACGGAAGAUUGCUCAUAGGAACAGCAGAAAAAAUCCCCGCUCCAGAGCUUGUUGACACCACCGGUUGUGGCGAUGCGUUCAUAGGAGCAGUGCUCUACGGUGAGGCAUAUCAACUUGUUCCUUUCUUAUUCAUGAUAUUAUCUUUCGCGUAUAGGAAGAAGAUUGCUACGUAUGAAUAAGCAGUAGGCGUACUG